AGUUAAAAUCAAAAUUCCAAAACAUGUCUUUCUUUUUCAUGAAACAAAAUAAAAUUCGCCGAGCUCUCUAUCCCUCACACGCGCAAUACGGUGGAGAGGGGCUUGCCGCCCAACAUCUGGGAUUGCUGACUGCCUAAGCGCCUUAGAUAGCUGCUAUCUGUUGGAGGAAUCGAACGCCCAAGAAAUUAUUCCGGGAAAUUGGGUCGUUGAUCACUGUUUUCAUUACUCCGUACAGGCCCGCCCAUUUAAGCAAGAGAACACAAAACCACGUCAUGUUCGUAUAAUUUUCAGGUUUGGAUUCCUCUUUCUCUUGCAACUCCCGUAGUUAAUGGUGUGAUUGGGGGGACUAAGGGCUCGCUCUUGGUCCCCUGCAAAGGGGUCCCAAAAGAAAUCGAGUUCAUUAACUGUUGACGAUGAGUGUCCAACUUCACACCUCAUUUCUCAGUGUCCCACUUAAGUACACUACUUUUAGGAGUAGAAACAAGGGGAAUUUUGCAUACCAGAGGGGACUUACAUUGAAACCCCGGGGAAAUGGCUCACAUUUUUCACCAUGUAAAUGUGCAAAGAAGCACGAGUGGCUUCAUCACGGGAACAAAUUCAUGCACUUGUGCGGGAAGAAUGUCGAGCUGCUAUGGAGAAAAUUGGAAUCACGUGGUGUUUGGAUGGCCAAUUCCCUCAAAGAGCCCGUUACCCGAAGCAAGACACUGGUCAAGUACAUGGCUCCAGUAUGGGAAGAGGGUUUAUUUCUCUUCAGAUGCUCUGUCUUUUGCAGUGUGAUAUCCGGGGUAUGCCUUUUACUGUGGUAUGGCCGUUCGAAAGCCAAAAUUUACGUCGAAUCAAAUCUUUUGCCCAACGUGUCUACCUUAUUAAGCAAUCAUAUCCAGCGUGAACUCGAUUUCGGCAGGGUUCGCCGGAUUUCACCACUUAGCAUCACUCUCGAGUCGUGUUCGGUGGGUCCUCAUGCUGAGGAGUUCUCUUGCGGCGAGGUUCCCACUGUGAAAUUACGAAUACGCCCCUUUGCGAGCCUGAGAAGGCGGAAGAUCGUGAUCGAUGCCGUUUUGUCGAACCCGACUCUUUUGGUGGCACAAAAGAAAAACUUCACCUGGUUGGGUAUACCCUAUUCGGAAGGAGGGAUUGCCAAGAAGCAUUUGUCUGUUGAGGAAGGUAUUGAUUAUCGUACGAAAACGAGGAGGAUCGCACGAGAGGAAGCUUUUGCUAGAUGGGAAAAGGACAGGGAUAAGUCUGCUAGAAUGUCUGCUGAAAAGGGUUAUAUCGUUUAUGAUUGCAAUCGUGAACUGGCUGAGGAUGGUUUUGUGAAGGAUAGUAGCAAGGACCCGCGUGUGGGACCCGGGGCUCAUGAAUCUUUCCUUUAUAUGGAUGAGAAAUUGCAUUGGAGGGAUCACCGGGGUGUGGAUGCAGGCGCUGAGUAUGAUCUGAAGCAUGCCGAUUUAGAGAGGUCGUUCGGCACGAAAAUUUCGGCUCCUGAGAUGGGCUUCUGGUCAAGAAUUGUGCCGGGGCCUGUGGGAAGCAAGUUCAAGCGGAAGGCCAAUGGGAAAGAUUUAUCAGCGGUAGGUGUAAUUUCUAAAAGAAGACUUCUUGAUCAGAGUGCAUCAGCCGCUCGUUUAUAUUUCAAGGGUCACUCAAUGGUGAAUUCUGGAAACUCUACUGGGGGAUCCCGAGAACUAGGUUUUGAUGUUCAGGAGAAUGAUGUAAAUAUUGAAGUUUUUGACGAUGUAUUGACGGACAAUGUGUGGUCAGAGGCCGAAAAUAGAUCGAAAGUUGAUUCAUUUCCUAGAGGAAAUGUGGAAAUGCUGUCCAGAAAUCAUAAGGAUGCUUCACGUGAUUUUUUCCUUGUUAGAAACGUUAAAAAUACAGAAUCGGAUGAUAAAUCUUCGCCAGCCAGCAGUAUUGUAGGUGAGAGAGGCAGUUAUGUUUCUCCAACUAGUAGUAGAUAUCUUGAUGGUCAUGACAUCAAUAAAACAGAUGCAUGGGAUAAAACCCUUGGAUCGGUUGAGAAGAUGAAAAUUGAUCAGGAUGAUAAUUUCGGUUUCCAAGUAGGCCAUGCAUCUUACGAUCAUGAAGGUACGCAGCUUGAAUCUUCAAGUUCAGGUGAUCAUUUCGUAAGUAUUUCGCCUUUGAAACCAGAAUCAAACUUAUCCUCUAUCUUAAAAAGCCUUGGUGAAUCGUGGUCUCGUAUUGUCAAUCCGUUGCAAACACUGAAAUCUGAGGUUGGUGUAGGAGUUGAGGACAUAGCCACAGAACUGAUUGAUGAGAUUGGUGAAGAAAAUUCUUCAGGCAUAGAUAAGAUGAUUCCCAUUGUUCUUGACUCUGUACAUUUCAAAGAUGGUACACUGAUGCUGUUAGCAUAUGGUGAUACUGAACCAAGAGAAAUGGAAGUUGCUAGUGGACAUGUGAAGUUUCUGAAUCACUAUGGGCGCGUUCAUGUGCAACUUAGUGGAAACUGUAAGAUGUGGAGAUCGGACUCGAAUUCCGAAGAUGGUGGAUGGUUGUCCACUGAUGUUUAUGUUGAUAUCAUUGACCAAAAAUGGCAUGCGAAUUUAAAAGUUGUAAAUCUCUUUGUUCCGCUUUUCGAGAGGAUUUUAGACCUUCCAAUUACAUGGUCCAAAGGAAGAGCAAGUGGCGAGGUUCACAUUUGCAUGUCAAGAGGUGAAACUUUUCCUAAUCUUCACGGGCAGCUAGAUGUAACGGGGGUCAACUUUAACAUCUAUGAUACUCCAUCAUGUUUCUCUGAUAUCUCUGCGAGUUUGUUUUUCCGUGCCCAGAGAAUAUUUUUGCACAAUGCCAGGGGCUGGUUUGGUGAUGUUCCUUUAGAGGCAUCCGGGGAUUUUGGUAUUGAUCCAGAGGAAGGAGAAUAUCACCUUAUGUGCCAGGUUCCAUCUGUAGAGGUAAAUGCGUUGAUGAACACAUUCAAGAUGAAGCCGUUGUUAUUUCCGUUGGCAGGAUCAGUAACAGCAGUGUUCAAUUGUCAAGGGCCGUUGGAUGCUCCUGUAUUUGUGGGAAGUGCUUUGGUUUCAAGGAAGCUCAUACAUUUUCCUGCAAACACUCCUCAAUCGGCUGCAUAUGAGACAAUGAUGAAAAACAAAGAGGCUGGUGCAGUGGCAGCCAUUGAUCAUGUCCCAUUCUCUUAUAUUUCUGCCAACUUCACCUUUAAUACUGAUAAUUGUGUUGCUGACCUGUAUGGAAUCCGAGCCACUCUUGUUGAUGGUGGUGAAAUUCGUGGAGCUGGAAAUGCUUGGAUUUGUCCUGAGGGUGAGGUUGAUGACACAGCAAUGGAUGUCAAUUUUUCUGGGAACUUAUAUUUUGAUAAAAUUAUUCAUCGGUAUAUACCUGGCUUUCUUCAAGCAAUGCCUCUCAAGUUAGGGGAUCUGAAUGGAGAGACAAAAGUUUCUGGCUCCUUAUUAAGACCGAGAUUUGAUAUCAAAUGGACCGCACCAAGAGCUGAGGGAUCACUUUCUGAUGCUCGUGGUGAUGUCAUAAUUUCGCACGACCACAUUUCGGUCAAUUCUUCAUCUGCUGCUUUUGAAUUGUACACAAAAGUUCUAACAUCAUAUCCUGAGGAUGUUUGUUUAGAUUGGAGAGAGUGCAGUAAAGUAGCUGCCAUGCCUUUCUCUGUCGAAGGAGUUGAAUUGGACCUAAGAAUGCGAAAUUUCGAGUUUUUCAACUUUGUCUCACCAUAUGCUUUUGAUUCUCUAAGGCCAGUGCAUCUGAAAGCGACGGGUAAAAUUAAGUUUCAAGGGAAGGUUAACAAGAAUUGCCAUAUUAUCGAAAGUCGAGAACUGAGUUCCGUUAAGGAUUUGGAGAAACCCCGAAUGGAAGGCGGUGAGGAAGGAAAGAGUAUUUGUGGGGAUAUCUCAAUCUCAGGUUUAAAACUCAAUCAAUUGAUGCUGGCUCCUCAGUUAGCUGGAGUAUUGAAUAUAUCUUCAAAGGGUAUCAAGUUAGAUGCUACAGGCCGGCCAGAUGAAAGUCUUGCAGUAGAACUUGUAGGACCUUUACAGUCAACUUCUGAAGAAGAUCUAGCUGGAAAGAUGCUGUCUUUUUCUCUGCAGAAAGGUCACUUGAAAGCUAAUGCAUCUUAUCGACCAUUUCACUCAACUAACCUUGAGGUGCGACAUUUUCCGUUGGAUGAACUCGAGCUAGCCUCACUCAGGGGAGCAAUUUCACGAGCAGAGCUUCAGUUGAACUUUCAGAAAAGAAGAGGGCACGGUGUUCUAUCCGUUCUUCGGCCAAAAUUUAGUGGUGUCCUGGGUGAAGCUCUAGAUGUGGCUGCCAGAUGGAGUGGUGAUGUGAUUACUGUUGAAAGAGCGACCUUGGAACAAAGCAGUAGCAAAUAUGAACUACAAGGGGAGUAUGUAUUGCCUGGAUCCCGAGACAGAAGCCCUUCAGGGAAGGAAAAAAGCAGCUUGUUCCAGAAAGUGGUCACUGGUCAUCUUGGUAGCGUGAUCUCUUCUAUGGGUAGAUGGAGAAUGAGGUUAGAGGUUCCUAGUGCUGAAAUUGCCGAGAUGCUUCCACUUGCUAGGCUGCUUUCUCGAAGUUCUGAUCCUGCUGUUCAAUCCAGAUCAAAGGACCUUUUCAUACAAAGCUUGCAGUCAGUUGGAUUGUGUGCCGAAAGCCUCCAAAAACUUCUUGAGGAAAUUAGAGGUCAUUGUGCCUUGUCAGAUGAAGUUGUCCUUGAUGAUUACAGCCUUCCAGGCUUAGCUGAACUCAAAGGCCGGUGGCGUGGCUCUUUAGAUGCAAGUGGAGGAGGCAAUGGAGACACCACGGCAGAAUUCGACUUCCAUGGAGAGGAAUGGGAGUGGGGCACAUACACCACCCAGCGAAUUCUAGCCGCCGGCUUAUACAGCAACACGGACGGUUUACGUCUCGAGCGAAUGUUCAUCCAAAGAGACAACGCCACAAUCCACGCGGACGGCACAUUAUUCGGUCCAAAAACAAACCUACAUUUUGCCGUACUUAAUUUUCCCGUCAACUUGGUACCCACGCUCGUCCAGCUCAUCGAAAGCUCGGCCACUGAGGCCGUUCACUCCCUGAGACAGUUAUUUGCACCAAUCAGAGGCAUUCUCCACAUGGAAGGCGAUCUCAAAGGAAAUUUAGCUAAGCCUGAAUGUGAUGUUCAGGUGAGGCUUUUGGAUGGGGCCAUUGGGGGAAUUGAAUUGGGCCGGGCUGAAAUUGUCGCAUCUCUAACCCCAAAUAGCCGUUUUUUGUUUAAUGCGAAAUUUGAGCCGAUUGUUCAAAACGGGCACGUGCAUGUUCAGGGAAGUGUGCCUUUGACACUCGUGCAGAAUAGUGUUGCAGAGGAAGAAAGUAGCGAAAGGGAUAGAAAUGAGGCCACGUGGGCCCGUGGAUGGGACCCGGAGAGAAGUAAGGGGCCCGGAGAAGAUAAUGGUGAUCGGAAAAAGAAUCAAGAGGUUUGGGACGCACAAUUGGCCGAGAGCCUCAAGGGAUUGAAUUGGAAUUUAUUGGAUGCUGGCGAAGUUAGGAUUGAUGGUGAUGUUAAAGAUGGUGGCAUGAUGCUGUUAACUGCAUUAUCUCCCUAUGCCAAUUGGCUUCAUGGCAGUGCAGAAGUUAUGCUGCAGGUAAGGGGUACUGUUGAACAACCAGUGGUGGAUGGGUCUGCUUAUUUUCACAGGGCAACUGUGUCAUCACCUGUACUAAGGAAACCCAUAACCAAUUUCGGAGGAACUGUUCUCGUGAAUUCGAAUAGGCUGCGGAUUGGCUCGUUGGAAGGUAGAGUGAGCAGAAAGGGAAAAUUGUCCAUGAGAGGGAAUCUGCCUCUCCGGGUGAACGAAACUUCUCUUGGUGAUAAACUUGACUUGAAAUGUGAGGUUCUUGAAGUUCGUGCACGGAAUAUUUUGAGGUGUUGUUAUGAAAGUGGUCAGGUUGAUUCUCAGUUGCAAAUUAGUGGGUCUAUUAUGCAACCCAACAUAUCUGGAAAAAUAAAGGUUAGCCAAGGAGAAGCUUAUCUACCCCACGACAAGGGUAGUGGAGCUGCUCCCUUCAUCAGAGACACGACAAACAAACCAAGUUUGCCAGCUGGCAGUUAUGGUCGAAUGGUUGCCUCAAAGUAUGUUUCGCGUUUUCUCAAUCUAAUACCAGGGGCGUCUAAUAACCCAUUCCACCAAUCACCUGAUGAACCUGAUGAAGUUGAAAAGCAGAUGGUGCUGGUAAAUAGCAAGCCGAAGCUAGAUAUCCGCCUAUCAGACCUCAAAGUUGCUCUAGGGCCCGAAUUAAGGAUAGUUUAUCCUUUGAUACUCAAUUUUGCUGUUAGUGGGGAGCUCGAGUUAAACGGCCCUGCCCAUCCCAAAUGGAUAAAACCUAAAGGCAUUCUAAUGUUUGAGAAUGGUGAUGUCAAUCUUGUUGCGACACAGGUGAGGCUGAAGCGGGAACAUUUAAACAUAGCAAAAUUCGAGCCUGAAAAUGGACUUGACCCAAUGCUGGAUUUAGCACUGGUAGGAUCAGAAUGGCAAUUCAGAAUUCAAAGUCGAGCUAGCAAAUGGCAAGAAAAGUUGGUGGUGACCUCAACACGUUCGGUUGAACAAGAUGUCCUUUCGACUACUGAGGCAGCUCGAGUGUUUGAGAGCCAGCUCGCGGAGUCGAUAUUGGAAGGUGAUGGCCAGCUGGCGUUUAAGAAGCUUGCCACAGCAACACUUGAGACACUAAUGCCGAGGAUAGAGGGGAAGGGGGAAUUCGGGCAUGCCAGGUGGAGGCUGGUAUACUCUCCACAGAUCCCCACCUUACUUACGAUGGACCCCACAGUCGACCCUCUCAAGUCCCUCGCCAGUAACAUCUCGUUUGGGACAGAAGUCGAGGUCCAGCUUGGGAAGCGCCUUCAGGCUUCUGUAGUUAGGCAGAUGAAGGAUUCGGAGAUGGCUAUGCAGUGGACUUUGAUCUAUCAGCUCACGAGUCGUCUGCGUGUGCUCCUUCAGUCGUCUCCGUCUAAACGUCUCAUAUUUGAAUAUUCAACAGCUUCACAGGAUUAGUUUGGAGGAUAUGAUAUAUACGUAGAAUUUUAGUUUCAGAGUUAAAAAUUGGUUUUCAAGUCCCUAAUCUUGUUUUAAGUGUCAUGUUUGUUUGCCUCCGAAAGUGUAAUGAUGUUGGGGUUAUGUAAAUGUACAUAUCAUUCCAUUCUUUUAAUGCAAGGGCGUCUUUUAGCAUGUAUGUAUAUAUACAGGUUUCAUUUAUGAAUGUUGAUUAUUGUGAUUCUAAGUAGAACUUGUGUAAUACACAUUUGUAAUAAAGAAAAAAGGUGAUUAUUGUGAUUCUAAGUAGAACUUGUGUAAUACACAUUUGUAAUAAAGAAAAAGG